ACAAGUUGCGAUUCGUCAAGAACGCAAGGAGAAGCGCACGAUUGAGGCUGUUGCGAAUCCUGAGCGCGGUGCACAGAAGAAGAUGAAGGCUGGGCUGAAGAAGAAGGUGAAGCGUGCUGAAGUGGCCAAGGAGCAUAAAUUGAGACGAACCAUGCGGCAGGGAUGAGCGAUCUUAGCGACGUGACUAUUAUUUUGCAUAGCAUUGAGCGUAGAAUUGAUAUUUGAACGACACAACUGCUCGUACUUGCAGUGAUGGUAGAUGGUUCUGUCAAGCUACAGACACGCGCAGGCAAGCUGUAUAGUAACCAUUGUAUCUAUGCGCCUUCCGGUGCUCUGCUCUUUCGGUGCUCAGACAAGAAGCUACAGUGGUAUAUUGACAGAAACCUUGCUAUAGAGACAACUUCAGCUCCGCUAGACGCAUCACGCUCUGCUACCCUCACUUUUGAGCCAAAAGGACCAGGUCGCGCGAGAGAGGGUGAUGAGUGGUACCUGGCAACGCAACAAGAUCGUUGUGUUGUUUGUGGUUCUACUGCAGGUCUCAUCUUGCUCCAUAUCGUUCCUGCACAAUACCGCAAUGCGUUGCCAUUACGUUAUAAAAGCCACAGUAACCAUGACAUUUUGCCGUUUUGCACAGCAUGUACGGUAAGAUAUGAAGGGCAUGUUUUGGCAAUGCGGCGGAUGCUUGAGAAACGGUACAAUGCGCCACUGCACGGUCGUGGAAUACAAAAAGUACAAGACGCUACAAGGGUGAAGUCUGCAGCUGCUGCAUUACUACGUGGCUUUGCAUUGAUUCCUGAAGUGCGACGACAGGCUUUACGAGAGAUUGUGGCGCGGUAUUUUGAUGUUGCUGCAGAGGAGGUGACGGUCAUGCAGCUGGAAGAAGCAAAAGCUUGUCCGCUGGUGAUCAAGACGGCGGAGUUUAUCGAUCACGGAACACUCGUGGUGCAGGGUGUGCUUUAUGAAUCAGGCGAUGCUGGGGCUGCUGAGUUUGUGAGGGAGUGGCGACGCUUGUUUCUUGAAACGAUGCGACCGAGGUAUUUGUUGGAGAUGUGGCGCGUUGAGGAUCCCGUGAUGAAUGCAUGAUAUGAAGGAUGCUGUGCUUUAUACAUAAUGCAAGAUGGUACGACCAAAUAGCAACUCGCCAAGAGCCAAUCCUAGGCAUACAGAGAAGAAGUAGCUCGUGACC